UCUUGCUGAAGUGCAGAAGACGUAGCACACACUAUUCCAGCAGUCUGUCGUUGAGAUACAUCUUGCUUGGUAUAUUUACCUAUAUUUCAACUAUUUACAAUGGACGCGAACACUUGCAACAUUCAGGUUCUUCUGCAAGCUGCUGAAUUCUUGGAGAGAAGAGAACGAGAGGCAGAACAUGGCUAUGCAUCAGCCUUGCCCUUCUACUGCCCAGGGGACUCUGAUAAGAAGAGUAAGCAGAAGAACAAGAAGCUGCAGGUUGCCGGUAGUAACAGGACUGUCCAUAAUGAGUUGGAGAAGCACAGACGGGCUCAGUUGAGGCACCACUUGGAGCAGUUGAAGCAGCAGGUUCCCCAGUUGUCUGACUCCAUGAGGUACACCACCCUUAACCUACUGAGGCGGGCUCAGACACACAUCAAGAAGCUGCAGGAGCAGGAUGAACGUGCGGAGCAGUUGAAGGGUCGUCUGCGUUGGGAGCAGAGAGAGCUGAGGGUGAGACUGGAGCAGCUACAGGGAGGCCUGGGGGGUCUGACUGGUCAGGGUCUGGGAGGAACAGGGGUGGUCUCAGAGAGGAUGAGGAACGACAGUCUGGGAUCAGCAGCCAUGUCCUCUUCAGAGAGAUCUGACUCUGACAGAGAAGACGUGGAGGUUGAUGUGGAGAGUAUGGCGUUUGAGUGUCUGGACUCUGAUGGUCUGGGGACGGUCCCCCACACAGGGAUAGAUCACUGUUACUCCAGCAGCCCCGACCGGGCCGGGCUAUGACCUACCUACCGCCGUACACGAGAUACACCCCUGGAGGGACACACCAUUGUCUUACGUCAGAUAGUGCGACGAUUCCACCUGCGCGCUGUCGGGUUGAGGGACGAGCGCCGCGUUGGAAUGACGCCGCCUGACGUAAGACAAUGGGGACACACAGGAGGAAAAACAUUCCAGAUAAGACGAAGACAGAAAAGGAUGAGGAACAACAGGACAGCUGGCCUACACACACAACAACAACCGGGGCAAAGUGAUCCCUUUUUUAAAUGUUUUAUUUUAUUUGAUCUAACUUCUCACUUAACUCUGACUUACUGUGAGCUGAAUCUGUUUUUAAAAUAUAUAUUUUGCUCACAUUUCUGAGCAGGUUUUUUUCUCAGUCUGACCCCUGAAACAGCCAGCACUCCAGGACCGUCCAACCUAAUAAUAAUAAUUUGGUGUGUGCUGAUAUUUGCCCUAUUUCACACAUGUACAAGUGUGGAUUAAUAACGCACGUCUGAAUGGGAAAUGUUUUUCUUCUCCAUAUCCCAACUCCCCCUGAGACACAGCCAGGGUCAGCCAUUAUCAUUAGGGUUAUGUGCCUUGCGCAAGGGCACAUCGGCAAAUGUUUCACCUUGUCAGCUUGGAGAUUCGAACUAGCAACCUUUGGGUUACUGGCCCACGCUAUAACCGUUAGGCCACCGUAUGAAUGGCAGGAAGAAUCAUUGAGAUUCAGGAUACGUUUCUUACCACAGUCUAAUUUACUUCAAAUAGAAACAGGGUAGUAUUCAUUAGAAAACAUACUGAAACAGGGAGAGACUACCUGUCCAAUGAGAAAAAGCUCUGGUAUGUUUUCCGUUGCAAAACGUUUUGCUACGGUGUGCCCUAAUGAAUACGACCCAGGUAAAGGUGGUUGAAUAGAUAUCUCAAGCUGCCGAACUGAACUGUCCACAAGCAUUAUGAAGACACCAGGCACCAGAGGCCCAAAUGGCACCCUAUGCCCUUUAUAGUGUACUAGUUUUGACCAGGGCCCAAUAAUGUAGGGCACUACAUAGGGAAGGGUUUCCCAACUGGUGGCCGGCCCGCAGGUUUCUGUAUUUAUUUAUUGUUGUACGUAAGACUGUAAAAAACACCAGCAAAUCAAUUUGCAGUCUACAAAUUAUU